AUGUACAACCAGAGUAUCAGUGAAUUUAUCAUAGUGGGGUUCACCAAUAUAGUUCACCACCAACAGCUGCUUUUCACCCUGAUGCUUUUAUUGUAUCUCAUCAUUAUUACUAGCAAUAUAAUUAUACUGCUUGCGAUUCUUUUUGACUCUCACCUUCAUGUCCCUAUGUAUUAUUUUAUCUGUGCUUUAUGCUUGUCUGAGAUGGGUAUUGUUAUAACUGUCUAUCCAACAAUGUUUACCUUAGUUUUAAAUGGAAAAGCACAUAUUUCGUUUAAUUACUGUCUUUUGCAAAUGUAUAUUUUCCACUCACUUUCAAUAACUGAGAAUUAUCUCUUGAAUGUAAUGGCUUAUGAUCGCUAUGUAGCAAUAUGUAAGGCUCUACGAUACCAUGCUAUAAUGACAUUAAAGUCAAGUAAGUUACUUAUAGCAAUAUGUUGGAUUCUUGGAUUUUUAACACCUUUAGCAUAUCUUAUUUUAGUAAAUCAGUUACCAUUUUGUGGAGCAAAUGUGAUCCAGCAUUUGUUUUGUGACUCAUCUCCACUUUUAAAUCUUGCUUGUGCCAAUAAUGACCUCACUAUUAUCAUGGACUUUACUCUUAGUUCCUUCACAAUUAUAUUGACCUCAUUUUCUAUCAUCAUUACAUAUGCUAAUAUUUUGGCUGCAAUACUCAAGAUGAAAACAUCAGAGGAACGGAAAAAGGCCUUCUCCACCUGCGCAUCCCACCUUAUUAUAGCUUUUAUUUUUUAUGGAAGUAUUGCUUUCAUGUAUGUAAAACUUCAAACUAACUACUCACCAGAGUUGGACUUGGCCACAGCGAUUCAUCAUUCUAUUUUGACCCCACUUUUAAGCCCUUUUGUCUACAGUUUCCGUAACAAAGACAUUCAAAGCUUCCUAAAGAGAUUUUUUCAGCGAAAAAAAGGAUUUGCAGAAAAUAUACAUGUUUCAUUCAUAUCCUAA